AUGGUUUCGUUUCUUUUUUUCUUGGUUCUGGUUAAUGCUUUUGUGGCUAUGGCUAAUGCUCAAACAUCUGGCUCAGCUGAUCUCCAAAAUCCUGCAGCAAUAAGGAAACUUGGAAAGCAUCAGAUAGUGAAGAUCAUUGGCAAUGCACCAGCUUCAAUAGUAAACGCUAAUACUUCAAAAAAUCUCGAACAUGUCGAACGAGAUAACGGUGAUAGAGCUGCGAGACCUUCGUUUAGGAACGACCACGACAAGGUCGCUUUCGCCGUUCACGCGACGUUUCUUUCCGCCGGUUUCGUCCUCACCGCCACCGGGCCUACUGCUUUGGGCGACAACGUUUUCUCUUCUACCUCUACUGACGAGGUAGGAACCGAUAAUUGGAACGAAUUUGAAAACCAUUACGCGUUUGUCUAUACCAAUCCCGAGAAAGGGUCGAAGAAAGUUUUGGUGAAAUGUCUGGUUAUGAAUAGGAAAUUGCUUGUCGAGACUUUGGCUGAGAACAGCUCUCAACCCCUUUAUCUUGAAAUCGAUAUUGAUGACUAUGUUGGGGCGAACACAAGCGGAAAUUACUCUGCGUUGUAUAAGAAUUUAGAUAAAUUAGUUAAUGGUUUGGAAAAAGAAGUAAUUUCCAAGUUAAACUGCUCAACAGUUGACCCUCCAAGUUCAAGAAAAGGUGAUGGAUCAAGGCCCAAUCGUCCUGGUGUUACAAUUAAUGAACCAAGAGGCCCUCAAAUCUAUCCUUCAGGGGUUGUUAUUCCACCUGUUAAUCCUAUUGGUGGUAGUGAUCUGGUACCCGGACCAGGUGCCGGAAUGUAUCCUACCAGGGGUGGUUUUGGUGGUGACGGUAGCAUGCUUCUAGGACCCAACGAUCCUCGCUGGUUUGGUGGAGUUGGUGGAGAGCGUGGUUUCCCCGGAGCACAACCGGGUAUUCCUCCUGGUGCACGAUUCGAUCCAUAUGGUCCACCUGGUGUUCCUGGAUUCGAGCCAUCUCGAUUCACAAGAAAUCCACCGCGGAGACCCGGGAGUGGUAUUCAUCUUGAUCUGGAGCAUUUUGGAGGUGGUUCAGAUUUUAUUUAGAUGGAUGAGGAAGAGGGUGUAUAUAUAUAUAUCGAACUGCUGGUGCUUUUUGUGCCCAAUCCUUUUGUUUCAAAUCAUUAAAAUCUUUAAUAUAGUAAACUCUUUGAAAUCUUUAUUCCCUGAAAGAAUGGGUUUUUAUCUUUGUUUUAA